ACAAUAUACUCAAAGUGUCUGGGGUAAUUACAAUAAAUCACGGAUUCUAUAGUUUAAUAUUGAUCUUGUAUGUGUAUAUGUAUAUUUGUAUAUAGAUAUUAUCUGGAAUGGUGGUUUAUCCUUUGAUGUAGAUUCUUUUUACUCGCUUCACAAUUUUCUUCAUAUACAUAAUUCAUUAUUUGCAUUUGAUUUGCACAUAACUUCCAUCAAGUCAGACGAUACAGAGUUCUUUAAGCCAAUGAUGCAGCAAAGGGUCCACCACCAACAAGAAAUUAAAUAUUAUCGUGGCCUUGAAAGUGGUCUAUCUGAUAGAAUCACUUUUCAUCAAGAAAAUGGCAUUGAUAAAGAAGAAGGAUUAUCACUUCAAUUCUUUGUAGACAAUCAAACGUUGCAUGUUGAAUUAAGCUUUGAUUGGUAUGGAACAUUAGGACGUUGUGUACUUCGCUAUGGUGCUAUUUUAGCUCAAUUUCUGUGGAUUUCAACAUCAAUCAUACUUUUAACUCAACUUUAUUCCUAUGUUAUGAAUGGAAAGCAGGAUUUUAUUGCAUUCCCUGAAGCUCUCGUCAAUUGUGUAUCAGGCUCAUUCUUGCGAUUUGUGAUAUUACUCUUUAUAGUAUCUAUCAUUCAUUACUAUUAUUCAUUGUCUAGUAACUAUUCUGUAUUAAAAGAUAUAUUACUUGGAAGUGAUGACUGGUUAUUAACUGGUUUACUUAUCUUGGCCUUUGGCUUGAGUAUUGGACUAACAGCUUUCCUUUGGUUGGUUACUUCAUCACUUGUAUUUCUAUUAAGUCUAUUACCUUUAUGUCUCUUCCGUUGUCCUUCUCCGAACAUCACACACCUGUCCACUAAAUAUUAUUACUUUUUAUGUCAUUUAUCAAUUGUAAUAGGUUUACUCGCCUUCUUACCUUCUGCUCUCGUCUUUAUAGGUUACUUGUUGGUUUGGCUUUUCUUCACUUGUUCUGCACGUAUAUCUUGUACAUUGCAACCUGAUAUGCCCUCCUUACAAAACCUAUACAAGUAUAGGCAAUCAUGCCUUAUCUUUUUCAUCUCAAUUUUACCGUAUUAUGUACCUUCUGUUAUUGUCUGUUGUAAAGAUUUACUUAUAGGAUGGACUCAUUAUUAUCGUUUAUCCAUCAUAACUAUAAUUCAAGAUGCACCUGUAUUACUCGCUUUGAUUUACCUAGUAACUAUCGGGAGUUCACCUGAAUCGUUAGAAUUAAGAUAUCUUCUACCUAUCAUAUACAUUAUGAAUGGAAUUAUCAUCUAUCAGGCUUUAUUUGGUUUUCUACAUCCAUUCAUUAUAUCUCACUUUAGUUGAAAAUAAAAUAAAAAUAGUAUAUUUAAGGCCAGAGAACAAGCGAUACUUUUUUUAUUAUUAUUAUAAUAUAAAAUUUAAACAGAGGCCAAAAUAGGAGGUUCAACGAAAU